AGCGCAUACUGAUGCCAGUGAUACUAACUUAACCCCAUGCACGACCACGAAUAUUACGUGCCGACUGGUGUGCCACUGAUGCCUGGCAAAUCGUAAUUUAUGGUUCCGUACACAGGAAAGUUGCACCUCAACGUCUGCCAACCCUGCAGGCCUGAGUAUCGUCAAUAAAGAGUGUCGCGCACACUCAUUCCAUUCCCAUGAAUAGUCAUUACACCCCCUCUGCUCAAAUCUCACUGCCGCUGGCACCUCGAGGUAUAAAUAAUAUCUUCAUCGUCCUUGUGACAAUUGUGGUGUACGAUUUCGUGACAAACCUAGGCGAUGAGCUUGACUAUCUAUUGGGUUCUCGAAUGACACUGGCAAAAGGUCUAUUUCUUGGAUGUCGUUACACACCCUUCGUGAUAUGCGCUAUGCACGCUCGAACGGUCCUCUCACCAAGUAUUGAGGGUUGCCCGGUGCUUGUUGAAGGCAAUAUACUGCUCCUUGUGAUUGUUCUGUUGUGCGCAGAGUGUAUUUUUGUCCUACGAACAUAUGCGUUAUGGAACUGUGAUCGACGUGUUCGAAUAGCGCUGUCGGUAUUGUAUUUGGCUCUUUUGUGUGGAACGAUAAUACUAGUCCUAGCAUGCGGGUUACAAUUAAAGAUGCUCAAAUUUGCAGCAGGUUGUUACUCCGGUAGUUCGAUACCGACCAAUCUAAUUCUUGCACCCUAUAUCAUUUUAUUACUCCUCGAAACUGAGGUUGUUGGUCUCACCUUUUACAGAAUGAUCAGAUACUACCGUGCCACACGUUGCCGACUUUUAACAUUGAUAGCACAGUACAACGUAGGCUAUAUCCUUGCUGGGCUAUUAUUCACCUUAAUCAAUAUCGUUACGAUUUGCUUUGUUCCGGGCGCUUAUGGCCCAAUACUUGAAGCGUCACAAAUCAUAGCACAGGGUCUUCUUGCAACUCGAAUGCAACUUGACCUAUGGACGCUUAAUCACGACUCACCGGCAUUGGCUCCUACAUCGAACUUGACCGAGUACGAUCAAACGGAUUUAGAAUUUGAGUUGUCACAAAGAGCAUCCAUCGUACCCAGUGGCACCGCGACUGCACAGUAAUCUAGCAAGGUUUGGUGCACGCCGAGGAGACUGGACUUAGGGGCUCUGUUCGGAAAGUGCCGAAACGGCGCUGUAGUUGUGUGGCUGAACCUAAAAUCUUCGCUGAUGGUAGUUACAUUUUUGUGUACUCUACA